GGUGUGCCACCCAGCGGCAGCCAUUUCCAACGAGCUGGCGGGGGCAAAGGAUGGCGACGCCCGAAGGAUGGGCGCAGGGGGGGUCGGGGUCGGUGUGCCUCGCCUUCGACCAACUGCGGGACGUGAUUGAGUCUCAGGAGGAACUGAUCCAUCAGCUGAGGAACGUGAUGGUUCUCCAGGACGAAAAUUUUGUCAGUAAAGAAGAGUUCCAGGCAGUGGAGAAGCAGUUGGUGGAAGAGAAAGCUGCUCAUGCCAAGACCAAGGUCCUCCUGGCCAAGGAAGAGGAGAAGCUUCAGUUUGCCCUUGGAGAGAUAGAGGUGCUGUCUAAACAGCUGGAGAAAGAGAAGCUGGCCUUUGAAAAGGCGCUCUCCAGUGUCAAGAGCAGAGCCCUGCAGGAGUCCAGCAAGAAGGACCAGCUCAUCACCAAGUGCAAUGAAAUUGAGUCUCACAUUAUAAAGCAAGAAGAUAUACUUAAUGGCAAAGAGAAUGAGAUUAAGGAAUUGCAGCAAGUUAUCAGCCAACAGAAACAGAUCUUCAGGAAUCACAUGUCUGACUUCCGGAUCCAGAAGCAGCAGGAGAACUACAUGGCCCAGGUGCUAGCCCAGAAGCAUAAGAAAGUCUCCGGGACAUGUCAGGCCCGGAGCCACCAGCGUCCCAGGGAAAAAUAAAAUAAUCAUUACCUUUCUGUUAUCUGGUUGUAA